UUUAAAGCGAUAGAUUCCGGUUAAAUGUGUGGGGGUGGUGGAUUGAUUCUGCAUUCAGUUGAUAUCUGUGGACACCGUCUUUACCCACCUCGGUUUUACUGUUGCAAGCAGUAUCAUUGUCAGAUAAAAUCAGCGAACGUGAGUGUAGUAGGAAGGAGCUGCAGAUGCUGGUUUACACCGAAAACAUGCUGGACUAACGCAGCAUCUCGUUGUGAGCAUAGGUUGUGCUACCUGACCCACGGAAAUCUGCUGUUUGAUAUAUAUAUUCUAUAUGAUGGAACGAAAAACAUAGAUGGGAAUGUUGGUAAGUUUGCAGAUGGCACCAAGAUUGCACGGAUUGCAGUUUGUGAGGAUUGCAGUCUGUGAGGAAGGCAGUCUGUGAGGAAGGCUUGUGAGGAGCAGUAUACAGCCAGAUAUAGAUCAGCUACAGAAAUAGAUGGAGAAAUGGCAGUUUAAUCUGAGCAGGUGUGAAAUUGUUGCACUUUGGAAGGUCGAAUGCAAGGGGAAAAUGUACAAUAAAUGUACAAUUAACAGCAUUAAUGUACAGAAAGAUUAUGGGGUCCAAGCCUAUAACUACAUGAAAGUGGCAACACAAGUAGAUAGAAUGGUAGAGAAGGGACAUGGUAAGCAUUGAAUUCAAGAGUCUGGAAGUCAUGAUGCAGCUUUAUAGGACGGCUUAAGCUGCAUUUGCAAUAUUGUGUGCAGCGUUUAGUUUUGAGAUAUAACGUGGAAACAGGCCCUUCGGCCCACCCAGUCUGUGCCGACCAGCUGUACCCCAGGGGGGUGAGCAAAACGCAGGUUUUUAUUGGUUAUCAGGGAGGGAUUUCCUCGUACGACAAGCUUAUGAGGAAAUUUCGUUCUGUCAUCCCGUUCGCGGUUUUUUUUUAAACGUUGCUUGACUAUUGAAUCGCUGGAUGAAAGUCGGGCCCAACCUCAACACCUUCAAAAUCACGGAUCACAAGUUCAGGACAAAUCAAAAGGUGAUGGCUGAAAAUGAUGAUGAAUGGAUUUCUCUUCAACCACGUGAACCUCUGCCCAGCCAGUGUUGUGGUAGUGGUUGUAAGCCCUGUGUAUUUGAUAUCUAUGAGAGGGAACUCAGGCAAUGGAAGCGGGCAAAAGCAAAUGGGGAUAAAACUCUUUUGAGCAAGAAUAAUGAGGUAAAUGUAAAUUGGAAACCCUUUCAGAGUUAUGGGUCAAACCAGAAUGACUCGCAGUUAAUUGUACCUGAGAAAUGGAGUGCUUUUGAGAUAGUGUGUGUUGAACAGCAGGCAGCUGACGCUUAUCUCUACAGAUUCCAGCUGCCUAGUGGUUGCCGUCUCGGAUUGACUGUAGGACAGCACAUUGUGGCAAGGGGUAUUGUAAAUGAUAUGGAGGUUCAGAGAGCAUAUACUCCAGUGAGUCCUGUGGAUGCAGAAGGUUAUUUUGAAGUUCUGAUAAAGAUCUAUGAAGAUGGAUUAAUGUCUCGGUUUGUGAAAACCUGGAAGGAGGGAAAUACUGUUUGCUGGAGGGGCCCCUUUGGCAACUGUCCAUACAAACCAAAUCAAUAUGAACAGCUGCUGUUAUUUGCCUCGGGAACUGGUAUAGCUCCAAUGGUGUCACUGAUCCAAUAUAUUGUGGCAAAUGAGGAGGAUGAAACUUUUAUUACCCUGGUUGGCUGCUUCAGGACAUUUCAAGAUAUCUACAUGAAACCUCGACUCCAGGAACUAGCUGCUUACUGGAAUGUAAAAACGUUGUUUGUUCUGAGCCAGGAGCAAGACCUGAUACACCUUUUGUGGAGUUACCGAGAAAAAACUUACCUUGGACGUAUCAAUUGCGAUAUGGUGAAGAACUUUGUUAACUCAUGCAGAAGGAAACCAUUCAUUAUGGUUUGUGGAUCCAUAACAUUCAAUAAAGAUGUCCUUAACUAUCUCAACCAGUUAGGCCUUCCAGAAGACGAUUACUUUGUGUUUUAGUAGACCACAGGAAUCUUGUUACUGUAGAAUCACUGCUGCAACAAGAAGAAAAGCUUCUGAUAUUUUUGGAAGACUCCACUCCAAAGACUGAAACAUUUGUAAGUGUUAGAAUCUAGAACUAAUGGGUUCAAAUGACUGAAUAACAAGAAUGUAGGACUUCAAUGUUUCUAGAUGACAUUAUCCACAAGAAUCAUGAAUGACGGGAUUGUGAAGGUUAUGCUAUAGUCUAUAAUUCAUUCCAACAGAACUGCUAUACUGCCGCAUGCAGCUGAGCCUCAUGAUAGUGGGAGGGAGGCUGUUGGAGAGGAUUUUUCAGGAUAGGAUUUACUCCAAUUUGGAAUGGAAUGGGCUAAUUAGGAACAGUCAGCAUGACUUUGUACAUGAUAGGUCAUGUCUUACUAAUGUGAUCUAAUUUAUUGAGAAGAUGAUGAAGGUGAUCAAUGAGGGUAGGGUGGCGGAUGUCAUCUAUCUGGAUUUUAGUAAGGCAUUUGAUAAACUCUCCCAUGGUAGGUUGUUCCAAAAAAUUAAGAUGCAUGGGAUUCACGAUGACUUGGUCAUAUGGAUUCCGAACUGGUUUAUUCAUAGAAGACAGAGUUGUGGUGAAGGGCAUUUGUUCUGGCUGGAGGUUUUUGACCAGUGCAGUUCUGCAGGGAUCUGUGCCGGGAUCUCUGUUUAUAAUGUAUAUAAAUGACUUGGACGUAAAGGUAGCUGUGUUAGUUAGUUAGUAAGUUUGCAGAAAACACCAAGAUUGUUGGCGUUGUGGAGACUGAGGAAGACUAGCAAAGUAUAUAGCAGGAUUUUCAGAAAUGGACGAAGAAAUGGUAAAUGGAGUUUCAUCCGAGCAAGUAGUUGGAUAAGGGGAUGUUUAUGGCAAGACCCAAAAGGAUGCAGAAGAAAUUUAUCACAAUGCUGCCUGAAUUAGAGGGUAUUACCUACAAGAAGAGGUUGGACUUGGAUUAUUUUCGCUAGAAUACUGGAAGUUGAGAGGAGACCUGAGUGUAGCAUUUAAAAUUGUGAGAGGCAUAAAUGGGAUAGACUGUCAGAACCUUUUUCCCAGGAUGGAAAAGUCAAAGACUAGAGGGCAUAACUUUAGGGUAAAAGGGGCAAAGUUUAAAGAUGAUUUGCUGGGCAAGUUUUUGUUUGAACAGAGAGGAUGGUGGAUGCCAGGAACACACUACCAUGGGCAAUAAUGGAGGCAGGUACAUAGUGACGUUUCAGUGGGUUUUCAGAUGGGCACACAGAUAUGCAAAGAAUGGAUGGAUAUAGAUCAUAUCCAAGCAGAUGAGAUUAGUUUAUCUUUGCAAAAUGUUGGGCACAGACAUUGUGGGCAGAAGGGGUUGUUCUAAUGCUGUACGUUUCUGUUCUAUGAGUGAACACUUGAAUUUGAAUCCACAAACUACUAUUCUUUUCUGUUGUCCUCUCAUGAAGGCAUAUUUAUGCAAGGAUGUAGUCCCACAAAUGUCAGUUAAUCACACAUCUGUAUAACCUGGCAGCUUUUAAAGUGCAUGGGUUCUACUUGAGCAUUCAGCGUUUAUCUAAUGCUGCAUGUAAUGCUUCACUGAAAUAAUUUGUAAACCUUACACAUUCCUCUCAAAUUCUCAAUCGCAAUUCUAUUGAAGAAAGUAAGAGCAGGAGUGACCAUUCUUUUCAAGAUGACCAUGGCUGAUUUGCCCAUGUCUUCUCUGCCAAUUCCCCUCAAUUCCACAAGCUUUCAAAAAUUAUCCCCCUCUCUAAAUAUCUCCAGUGUUCCAGCCUCCAAAACAUAGAUAGAGAAUUUCAGAAAUUCACCAGCCCCUGUGAGAAGAGAUUCCUUUUCCAUUCAGUUUAAAUCACUCAGAAGUUGAGAUGUUUCCACUCAUGGCAGAAUCUCAAACAAAAGGCCAGAGAGAAGACAUUUCUAUGCACCUCAUUUUAAAUCACCCUGAUGUUUUCUUCUCUGUCCUAUAGUUUGAGACUGCCACGAGUGGAAACAUCUACUUUGUCAUGUCUGCUGAGAAACCUGUGUUUCAAUAAGACCAGUCCCUGUUCUUCCAAAGGAAUAUAGGUCUGAUUUAACAUGAUAGGACAACAUUCUCAUCCCAGGAGUUAGCCCAGUGAAUAUCUUCUGGAUGACCUCUAAGACUAGUAUAUAACUCCUCAAAUUAGGAAGCCAUAAUGUACAAUGUACUGCAAGUGCAACCUUAGCAAUACCUUGAACAAAUGUAAAAAUACUUAACUAUUUGUCAACUCCAACAGUCUAGUAACAAAGGUCAAUGCAUGAUUUAACUUAAUUAUUUGUUGCACCUGUGUAGAAAAUGUUUGGUGUUGCAUAUACAAGAACACCUUGAUUCUUUUGGACCCCACUCAUUGGCAGUCUCUCUUCAUUUUGAUUCUUCCUACCAAAGUGCGUAACCUUAUGCUUUCCUACAAUAAACUCUAUUUCCAAAGUUUUUGCUCAUUCACUCAGCCUACCUCUAUCCUGUGGCAGAGUUCAAAGAUCCUCAUUGCAGCCUGCUCCCAAACCUGUUUUUGACUUGUCAGCAGAUUUAGACUUCUGUGUUUAUACAUUCUAUAGCGUCACAGUAGUCUCCACGUCUAUCUUCAAACAAAACACCCUUGCCACUUGUGGCCCCCUAAGUUGGUAUCCCUUCCCUGUGUUUGAGCAGAAUCUUCAACAGACUCUGACCCACAAUGUCCAGCAGCAGAAGGAUCCUAGACUGUGGUUCUCCCCCGUAGAACCUUAGUGUUGGCUGCACCAAGCUUUAGUGAGUCCCUCAGCACAUACUCCUGCAAUCUGGAAUGGGGCUUCAGGAUGAAGGUGUCAUUGCUGAAGAAUAGGAUUUUAUUUGUCCACCAUCUGUGUGACAGUCACACUUGUAAAUACUACUUAUAAAUAUUACUUUUAUUCUUUUUAGUUUUCAAACUGAGUUUGGAGUUUUGUGGUGCGGGUAACUAGCUAGACAAAGGAUUUAUGUGAAUUAAUUUAAGAAAAAUAAAUUGACUCAAAAUCAUUAGUUUAUUGUAGAUUAACAGCAAAGCUGAACAAAUAGGAUGAUGGUUUCCUGCACCACGUUAUUGAUGAAUAAUUUAUGCACUGAAUCAAAUGCUGAUUUACAACUUGUUUUGGAUGGAAGGAUGGAUCAGAAGAGAUAUUUUAAAUAAAAUAAUUUAUCCACAA